AGUGAUGCCCCUUUAAUACGAGCAUCUCUCUUUCUCUCUCUCUCCCCCCUCGCAAUCUCAAAUCUGCAUAUAACGGAGGAGGUUUUGUAGUUUCUCACUUUACAGCUCUACUUUGAUUCCUCUCAGCUCUGAUCGCAGAUCGAAUCAAGGAGAAGGAAAGACAAAGGAAGCCACACCCCACAGUCUGGAGUCCUCUCCUCUGACCAAAACGCCCGAACGAACCCUAAUAAUAAAUAAAAGGAAACAAAUCAAUCUCCCAAAUUCAAUAAAAUGAUGCAUGGAGGUGGCGGUGGCGGUGGCGAUGGCGGCGGCGGAGGGAGGGAGAACGAAGGUCUAGGUCGGCUAACUCAGAUGAUGAUGCCCCUUCCUCUCCAACUCAAUCAGGCGGCGAUCUCUGCCUUAGCCGGCGGAGACGAUGACGAAUUCCCGAGGAAGGACGAGAGAGUGCCACAGUGGAGCCACCAGGAGACUCGAGACUUCAUCGCCAUUCGUGCCGAGCUCGAGAGAGACUUUACUGUUGCUAAGCGGAACAAGACUCUUUGGGAGGUUGUCUCCUCCAGAAUGAGGGAGUUAGGGUAUCGGAGAAGCGCUGAUCAGUGUAAAUGCAAGUGGAAAAACCUCGUCAACAAAUACAAGGGGAAGGAGACAGGUGAUCCAGAUAACGGCCGGCAGUGCCCAUUUUUUGAGGAAUUGCAUGCAGUAUUUACAGAAAGAGAGAAAGACAUGCAGCGAACGCUCCUUGAAUCCGAAUCUGGUGCUUCACAUGCAAAGAAGAGGGUUAAACGAAUUGGUGGAGAUCCUUCCUCUGAAGAAUUGUCAGAUUAUGAAUAUGAGGAUGAAGUAGAAAGCGGCAAUCCUCGAAAAAAGAAGGGUGAGAUAGAGAAGCGGUUGCGGACAGCUGGAUCGGACAAGGCUUCAAGACAACCUAAUAUGGGUAAUACUAAUAAUAGUGGUAAUAAUCUUAGCAGUAUUCAGGAAAUGCUUCAGGAAUUUUUGCAGCAACAACAGAGGAUCGAGAUGUUGUGGAGGGAGUCAAUAGAGAGGCAUAACUAUGAGAGGCAGAUGUUUGAGCAGGAGUGGCGGCAAUCAAUGGAGAAGCUUGAAAGAGAGAGGCUGAUGGCUGAACAGGCUUGGAGGGAGAGGGAAGAACAAAGGAGGAUAAGAGAAGAAAGCCGGGCAGAGAAGAGGGAUGCUGUCUUGACAAUGCUCUUGAACAAACUUAUCAAUGAAAAUAAUCAUUGAGGGUAGAUUAACUGAGACUGUCACUCAACCAAUCUCUUCAGAGUUCGGACUUCGGUGGUAUCUUUUGAAUGGUGGUUUGUUGAUACUAGAAGUGAAUGCAGGAGAAAUGAAAAAAUUUGAAGUAUAGAACAUUGAACAAAUAGAUAGCGCGAUUAUUAUAACUUGGUAUACAAAUUGGACUUGUUUUUGUUAUUUUGAUUUCUAUAGAAUUUUUUUUUUUUAGAUCAUGAGAAGCAGCAAUUUCAGUUUGUGGGAGUUGCCCACCUGCAAGAAUUGUAUGGUGUUCGAGAUUUUCAGGUUUCAUUCUUACAUUUCUUGUACAUGUUCAUAAUUGAGAUUGAGAUCUAUGUUCUGUUCUUCUAAUAUAUAAUUUUCCUUCUUUUCAAUUUA